AUGGUCGCUUCGAAGCUGCAGACUUCCCGAGCCAAGGGCCUGAGCGCAAGCCUCGGCGCGCAGCAGCCCCUGCCGGUACAACACCGCCGCAGCAUGUGCCGCGUUGUCGCCCAUGCCACACGUGCCGUCGCGGUCGACGCCGCCGUCGACGCGGCCCCCAAGCAGUCCAAGUGCCCCUUCGCCGGCCUUGCCUCCUUCCUGCCUCACGAGACCGUCCGCGCGCCGCCCACGCCCGUCACCAAGGCCGGGGGCCCCGCCUUCUCCAACCCGCACCUCUGGCUCGCCGCGGGCAUGCCCGGCCAGAACAUCCCCAACCGCCUGGUGUCAGGGCUGAGGAAGCUCGACCUCAAGGAAUUCCUGAUUGAGCUGCCCCAUGAGAUGCCGCACGAGCUGGGUCUCAAGAAGCGCGCCCUGGCCGACCCGGCCCGCCGCCGCGAGUGCAUCGCCUGCGAGCCCUCCAGCCUGCUGGCCCAGUGGGAGCUGCUGGAGGUAUUCCUGGAGCACCUUCCCAGCCACUUCCCGAACCUGUACACCGUCAGGGGCGAGGGCGACGACCGCACUGUGGAGGUCCACCCCACAGGGGACGUGUACAGGGUCAGCGACUACGUCGAGUGCCCCCUGGAGCUCUGCAACCUCAUUGUACAGGAGGACCUCGUCCUGUGCCGCCCCGACCCGCCGGAGGGCGUCGACAUGAACGCCCUGCCUAAGGGCGCGGCCGUCCCGCACGUUAUGAGCGCCGCCGUCGUGGUGUUCUCCUUCAACGACCUGCCCCAGAAGCUGUCGCAGCCCCUCCAGUUCAUCCACGCCCCCGUCCCCGGCUUCGAGGACCAGCUCCUGCCACUCGUGGCCAAGACCUUCACGGCCAUCACCCCCGCCACCCCCCUCUGGCGCAACAACUGGGCGUUUGCGGACAACGGCGACCUCGACCGCCCCGUAUACGGCUCCGACGACGCCGCCGCCAGCCGCCUCGCGGCCGCGGGGCUCGCGCCGGAGCAGCGGUGGCUCAAGACGGAGUACCAGACGCUGCGCCGCCUGCCGGCCAGCGGUCACGUGCUGUUCACCGUCCGCACGUUUGUGGAGCCGCUCCCGGACAUCGCGGCCGCGCCGGGCGCCGCCGAGGCGCUGGCUGGGAGCAUCAGGUGUCUCACGCCCGCCAUGCUGGCCUACAAGGGGCUGCCGACCGAGGAAGCUGUCGGGAAGGUGGUGGAGUACCUGGACGGCCUCGCGGCGGCUGACGAGGCGGCCAAGGGGGCGUAG